CUUAGUUUCGCUCGACGGUGACCGAUUGUGAAACGACGCACUCUCAACGUGAGUACCAUUCACGAGAUCGUUGUUACGAUUGCUGCCAAGCCUCAACUUCCUUUUACCGCUAACCCUGCGGCGCUUACGACUUACACGGACAUCAGAGAGUUAUACUUUUUACUUAACUAUCGUUGAUCAGUUUCAAACGUUCCUACCGGACUCUCGUAGUAAUAUCGGUGUGUUUGUUUCUGUGGUUUGACGUUCAGUCAAUAUGAAAGUCCAUUUUACGUUAUUAGCAACAAUAUUGAUUGUGGGAGUGGCUAUGGCAUUUCCACAAAAGGAUGGUCAAAUUUUCAGUAACGAGGCUAUAAAACAGGCACAGAAUACCUAUCUUAUUCCGAAGGAUGCGACAAUACAAAAGGUUCAAGAAGGUAUCGAAUUGGCAGCGUACGAAUCGAUUCCUGGUGAUCAGAAGAUUAAUCUUUUCGAAAUUCUGGGAGCGCACGUUCCAUCGGAAGUGGUGAACAAUCUCCAAGCUCAAAUCGAUCAGAUAGGACGGAAUUAGACUCGCUUGCUUUUCUUCUCCAUCAUCAUCGCCAUCGUUCUCUUGUAAAAAAUGUUUUGAAUCUAAGUUUUAUAACAAUUAUUUAUAGAAUGUAAUAAGUCUUUUUUUUAUAAUGAUGUACUUAGGCUUUUUCAUUUUUUCGUAAAUAAAUGUCUGAAAACGAGGCAA